GAUACGUAACAUAUGAGUCAUCUAGAAAUACAGCUCCAUUCAUUCACAGUACUAAAGCAGAUAUGAGAGGAAACAUGGAGACAAAGAAGUUUUUCCUUAGUUUGUUUGCAGUUACUGCAUUCUUGCACGGUGUGUCUGCUGUUGGUUCAGUGUCAGUGUCUGUGAUGGAGGGAGAUUCAGUCACUCUAAAGACUGGUGUUAAAACAAACCAACAAGAAAAGAUUAAAUGGUAUUUUAAUGACACUCUCAUCGCACACAUCAAUGGAAGUCUCAGUGAUAUCUGUACAGAUAAAGGUAAUGAGAGAUUCAAACACAGACUGAAGCUGGAUCAUCAGACUGGAUCUCUGACCAUCAUGAACAUCAGAAACACACACUCUGGAGUUUAUAAAGCAGUGAUCAUCAAAAAAAGCGAGAAUGAAACAAUCUUCUAUGUUACCGUUUUUGGUGUUCCUGCUCCAGUGUCAGUGAAGGAGGGAGAAUCUGUCACUAUAGGUCCUGGUGUGAUAAACGACUCAAAUGAUGUGAUGAUAUGGAGUUUUAGUGGCAGACCCAUCGCUCAGAUCACCGGAAAUCAGAGUAAGAUCUUUACAGAAGAACAGGGUGAUGAUGGUGUGAGAUCAGUCAGAUACAGACUGAACGUGACCCAGACCGGAUCUCUGACCAUCAAAAACACCAGAUCCACAGACUCUGGACUUUAUCAACUACAGAUCAGCAGCAGCAGAUUCAACAUCACCAGGAGCUUCUGUGUUUGUGUCACUGAUGGAGAAAAGUCACGUGAUCUGAGCGGAUCUUAACUGGAUCAGUGUGUUUCUGCAACUUUAUUCCCAUUGACGUGAUUUAGAAAACACACACUUAAGCUGGUGCUGAUGAAAUACUUCACUUAUUAAUCAUAAAGCACUUUUUACAUGUUAUGGAAAUAAUUACCUUCCUGUUACUGGAAGCACAUUUCAUUUAGGACAUUUAGAUGAACAUUAUCUGGUAGUUGCACCUUAUAAACCUGGAAUAUAUUUACAUUAUCAUUUUGCAUGUUUAUUAUAAUAAGUGCAUUGGUUUAUGGUUAUGGAAGAGGUUUGUUUUCAGCAGUUUGUUGAAGGUUGAGAUGCUCUCAGCAGAUCAGAUGGAGUCGAAUGUUUCUGCAGUGAAGCUUCAUUGUGAUGAACCACUAGAUGGCGCUUAUUCACUCACUCUAUUGAUAUAAUUGUUAUAUAUUCAGUUCAACAAUAACCUACAGUUUGCAUUCAUAUAUCUUGAUCAAUUCAUAAAUCAAAUGUUUUGCAGCAUUUAACCCUCAGUUAACACUCAGUGACAUCUUCAAGACAAACCGACCAUGAGUUCUCAGGACAGUCAACAUUAUUUACGAAAUGUAUUAAAUUGACAAACUGAAUGUGAAUAUCUGCACUAAACAUGUUGUACUGUCAGUUUUUACUUGAUUUGUUAUCAAUGUACUGUAUGUGCAUAUGACUGCACAAAGUGAAUAAUUCAUACAAAUUGUUUUGCUUCAAAACAAACUUUGUAUUAUUGUGAUCCAGCACAGAGCUAGUUUGUUUGGCUCAUUAGAACUCAUUAGAAUUUGAAAUCCUUGUGGAGAAAAUGAAUUUGAACAAUACUUUUAAAGUAUAUGAAUCUGAUUGUAACUUUUGCUCUUUUUUGCAUGUUUGUAUUGUGAAUAUAUCCUAUUACUGUUGCUUUUAAUAACAGUGUGAAUAAAUGUAACACAAGCUGUUUUAAAUAAA